AUGGCGAUGGAUGCAGGCGAUCUGUGGCUACUGAAACAAACUUCUUUCGAUUUUGAUAAUAUCGUUUUCGAAGGAGGGGGAGCCAAAGGAAUAGCGUAUAUGGGAACGCUUGAGGUCCUCCACGAAGUCGGGAUCUAUGAGAAGCUUCAUCGCUUCGCGGGGGUCAGCAUGGGGGCUGUGUUCGCCACCCUGAUGGCUCUGGGCUUCACCCCGCGGGAAGUCAAGGAGUUUUCUCGGACGUUAGAUGCCUCAGCUUUCCUUGACGCUACGUGUGGCUACCUUGCCUUCCUGCCGAAUCUGGCUUGGAGCUACGGAUGGCAUCCUGCCAAAAAAUUCUACAACGCCAUGUCAGAACAGAUCCGCGAAAAACACGGCGACAGCCUGCUGACUUUUGGAAAGCUGUACCACGACCACGGGAAGGAGCUGUGUAUUGUGGCUUCCAACAUGUCAACCUCCAGCGUGGAGUACUUCCAUCCCAAGACAACACCGGACUUCCCCAUCAUGGAGGCACUCGCUAUGUCCAUUAGCAUUCCAGUGGUGAUGAAGCCCAAGUAUUCGUUUGUGAAUGGAAGAGGAGAAUACUUCGUUGAUGGCGGAGUCCUGAAUAACUACCCCAUCAACACUUUUGAUGGAUGGUAUCUUUCCAUGGACCCCAAGCAUUCGUUCUUACACCAUGCCAACAUCGAGGAGGAACAGAGCAGCUGGUUCGAUGGCUUCAGUGAGAAGACACUAGGAGCCAUGGUGUUCUCAACCGACGAAAGGGAGGUCUUCAAACGUGAAUUUGGAGAACGUAUGAAAGAUUAUCCCCCAGACAGACCAAACACGUCAUUGAUGAGGAAACGUCUUCCUCACAUGACAAAGAUUGACGCGGAUAAUAGGAAGCAGGAUACGGUGAAGGAGAUCGCCCACAAACUCAUGGCGUGUCUGCGUGAACGGAACCUUGACCAGAGCAUGCACAUCACGAAGACAGAGCUCACUGACGCGCUCAAGAGCAGCAACAUAAGCCCAGAGGAAUACAAACUUCUUUUCGGCAACACGAAACCGGAUAAAGUCUUCGAUGAGAUAGAUAGAUAUGACGACGAUUUUGUGUCUGUACACGCUCUGGUGUCAUAUUUUGCCAAGAGAGGUGUCCCGAUCCACCACGGCGCCCACAGUCGCCCAUCGCAUGUGAUAGACAGUCUGACGACGUAUAUGAUUGCCAUAAUAGACUCCAUCACGGCAAGGCACAAAGAGGUGGUUGUCAAGAGACGUGACCUUGAUCGUUCUAUCGGCAUUGAUUGCGACUACAUCACAACUAUGGACGACUUGGAGGAUGAAGACAUUGAAUUUCUCAUCACGCAAGGGCGAAACGCGGCCAUAGCGUUCCUCAAGAUCUACGUGGAGCAGAAAGGAAAGAGCGCAAAAUCACAGAUGGAUUAA